AUGUCUACUCACCAGCAUCUAUGAUGUGAACUUCAUCUUCCUCCCCACUCCCAUCCUCUAUUAUUUUACCCCUCCGGACCUGUGCUCUUUUUUUCUUACCAUAUUUAGUAAAUUAGAGAUCAUUCCCAUUAAUCUUCAUCCGUAACAACGAUGUCCAGAGAAAGAGGAAAGGACAUAGCUGAAGGAUCUAGCGAGAAUCAACAGCCAGCAACUCCUAGUCGUUAUGAGUCACAGAAGAGAAGGGACUGGAACACUUUUGGGCAGUACUUGAAGAACCAGAGGCCUCCAGUGCCUCUUUCUCAGUGCAAUAGCAACCAUGUCCUAGAUUUUCUUCGAUAUCUUGAUCAGUUUGGCAAGACUAAGGUUCAUCUACAAGGUUGCAUGUUUUAUGGACAGCCUGAGCCCCCUGCUCCUUGUACUUGCCCUCUUAGACAAGCUUGGGGCAGCCUUGAUGCUCUUAUUGGGAGGCUUCGAGCAGCCUAUGAAGAGAACGGAGGCACACCAGAGACGAACCCUUUUGCUAAUGCUUCUAUUCGGGUUUACCUUAGAGAAGUAAGGGACUAUCAAGCAAAGGCAAGAGGGAUCCCACACAAGAAGAAAAAGAAGCAGCAGAUUUCAAGCAAAGGGAAUGAUGAAUCCAGCUCUGCGAUGCAGUUUUCUUAAAAUUCCACUUGGCUUUCCAGGAUCUGAGCACUUAUGUAUCGUCUUCAAGAAGGACACUAGUAGGAAGGGAUUGUUAGAGGACAGAAUCUCUCGGGAUACUGAGUCUCCUAGUCGUUGCUCUUUGGAGUUUGUAUUCUCUAAGUUCCCAGUACUUAGUAAAGUACUAGUUUUGUUUCAGUCAUGAUCCUUCAAGUGUGUGCAUAAUUUUGGACCAUUGACAACAGCAAUAUAAUUGCUCCUGCUUUCAUCAA